AUGAAUUUAAAGGCUCCAAAAUCAUUAGAUAUUCUAAUCAUUUCGGAGCCGCGACUUUCGGUCGCUUCUAUAAAUUGUGAUAAUGAUAUUAAUUUAAUUAAAUUAGCUCUUAAUUUGCAACAAGACAUUUUUGAGCCGGUUGAGCAAAAUACACAAUAUGAAUUUGAAGAAACAAAUAAUCCAAAUAUUAAUCUGGGAAUAGAUGCUGAUGCUGAAAAAGAAAUUAUCACAAUUAAAGAACUUGAAUAG